CGUGUAGUCUUCUCUGGAGCCAUUUCUGCUCGGAAUCGCUUCUCAGUCCUGUUCACAUCAAUCGUCGUCGUUUUUUUUUUUUUUUUUUUAAAUCACACCACUAUGGCUCAUACGGCACAAGCAAAUUCCUUCGACGCCAACAACCCUCAAAUCCAAGUGGAACACGACAAAAAGCGUCGACAAUUUGUCAUUCGAUUGAACGGGUCUCAUGAUCGUGCCGUCCUUCUUUAUGAAUACGUUGGAAAAAAGACGGUGGACCUGCAACAUACUGAAGUUCCAGAUGCUUACAGAGGGAGAGGAAUUGCCAAACACCUGGCCAAGGCGGCCAUGGACUUUGUGGUGGAAGAAGAUCUGAAAGCUCAUCUGACCUGUUGGUACAUUCAGAAAUACGUCAAAGAGAAUCCGCAACCUCAUUACUUUGAACAUAUUUACCAAUGACCUCACAUGGGACCGAGAGACUCAAAAGUGAGGUAUUCUUUGAAAUUAAAGACUGAAAUGUAACAAAGGACCUUCCUCCAGGCAUUGUUUAAAGGAGCCAGCUGAUCUCCUUGAAUGGAACUUUGAUGUUGACAUGACUUGGUCACAUCUAUUCACAACAAGGGGAAUCUCCUUCAACUGAUCACCAAUCAGCUGAGUCCAAUGUCUCUUAUCAGAAAAGAUUCAGGAUGUGAAUGACUUCUUCACCUGUAUGUAAACAAAUGUCAUUUGAUUUGCGCUCAGGUAGAAGUCAGAGCUUGUAAGGGGUCUGCCACUUUGUUUUUAUUCCUAAUUGUUUGACAGAAUUCACCUUUUCAUGACAUUUGACGUUUGUUUGAACUCCCCCCUACUGCCAUUUUGUGUUGAUGUGGUAAUAUUUCAAUAAUUACUCACAAUGAGUAAUAAUGAAAAUUGGCAGCAUACAAAGUAAAUGGUGCAAGACAACCUUCCACUAUUUGAAUUCAAAGAGAUCAGAAAUCUGUGCAAAUGUCACGUGUGCAAAUGGACAAACCAGUAUUUAAAAAAAAAAAAAAACAACAGCUGCAUUGAGGGCAUUUUUAUUCAAGUUCAACCACAUCCUUUGUUUAUUCUAGAGCUUGAAACUGGAUGGCUGAAGUUUACUCACUACGUUCCUAUCGUGUGGCACUUUCUUUCUUUGGCACCGCAAACAAUCGUGCUUUAGGAUUUCACAAUGAUAGAUAUCAUUGUGUUAGGGGAAAAAAAUAAAUAAAAAUCCCUGAAAUGUUUCACUGUGGUUUUCCCCUAGUUUGGCUCCUUUGCUGUUGACAAUCCGUGUUGAGGAGAAGCAAACCUCAGGAAAUUCCUUACACUCUGUCAGAACUAUGUUGGGCUGACUGACUGCUUUAAAUGCAGAAAACACUAGUUUACUGGGUGGAAAUCACCUAUUAAUAGGCAAUAUUUCAUUUCUUGUUUAUAUAUAUGUAUGAACAGUAUGUGUACAUUUUCUUGAAAGCUAAAUGACUAAACCAUUUCUAACAUUCACUUCACUGUGAAAAUGUUUUGUGCUUGACACUUUAUUGUAUGAAUAAAGUAAUAAAAUAUA